ACGCCCCUCUCCAGGCUACUCCCGUCCCGCUCCGCCGGCUCCGGUUCCCUCCGCCGGGCCGGGGUCGCCCCGUCCGGUCCGUCCCGCUCCUCUCGGCUCCGCUGCUCCGCUCAGGGCCGUCGGGGGUUCCCGUGGCCGGUGUCGGGAUGCGGGCGGUGACGGCGGUGCUGGCGGCGGUGCUGGCGGUGGGGACAGCCCUGCCCCGCCCGGGGCUGCUCCCGCACGGCCCGGCCCGCGGCGAUGCCCGGCUCCGGCCCGGGGACGACGAGAGUUCUCCGGGAGUGCUGCUCCGCCGCGCCCUGCGCCUCUACGGCCGCGCCGCCCGCCGCCUCUACGUGGGGACCAACGGGGUCAUCUCCACCCAGGAUUUCCCCAGGGAGACCCAGUACGUGGAUGACGAUUUCCCCACAGACUUCCCCGUCAUCGCGCCCUUCCUGGCCGACCUCGACACCUCCGGGGACAGAGGGAACAUCUAUUACCGGCAGGAUGACUCUCRGGAUGUGCUGGACCGGGCUGUGGGAUACAUCCAGGCCGGCUUCCCCCRCUCUGCUGGCACCUUCGUGCCCACCAACGCUUUCAUUGUCACCUGGGAGGAUGUGGGUGCCUACCAGGAGCUCUCCCAGGACACCGAGCCCUCCACAAAGCUCAACACCUUCCAGGCCGUCAUCGCUUACAACGACGAGGACACCUACACCAUCUUCCUGUACCCCAACGGCGGCCUCCAGUUCCUGGGGACACGCCCCAAGGAGUCCUACAACGUCCAGCUGGAGCUGCCAGCCAGGGUGGGCUUCAGCUGGGGGGACGGCGAUGACCCCAAGAGGGACGGGCUGUUCCACAGCCUGGCCAGCAGCGAGCAGGCACUGAGGAACCUGGAGCGGGACAGCAACACGGGCAUCCCCGGCGUGUGGGUGUUCCGCGUGGGCAGCGUGGAGCCCGUGGAGCCGGGGGGCGGCGAGAGAACCGCUCCAGAGCCCCCCAGAGCACCCCGAGAGCACCCCGACCCCGCUGGCCACAGCCGCCCCCUCGCCAGCCACGCGUCCAUGGCACAGCGUUCCAGCCACGGGGCCAGCGCCCCGGUGCUCCUGGGCUUUGUCGCCGGCAGRAGGGACRCCCAGGAGCGGAGCCGCUGGCCRCARCCCGGCGGGGACGGUGGCKCCCGGCAGAGCUWCUCCGCCAACCCCUCCUCCUACAGCUCCGGCCAGCACGGCGUGGGCGUGGAGGAGGACGCGCAUUUCAACCCCGACGUGUUCACCUACAGCGCGGCCAGCAAAGAGACGUGUGCCCAGCACCACGGGCGCUGCUCCCCGCACGCCUUCUGCACUGACUAUUCCUCCGGCUUCUGCUGCCACUGCCGGGCCACCUUCUAUGGCAACGGGCGGCAGUGCCUGCCCGAAGGGGCCGUGCAUCGCCUCAACGGCAAGGUGAGCGGGAGCCUGAGGGUGGGAAGGGCGUCCGUCCGCUUCCAGGACGUGGACCUGCACGCCUACAUCGUGGGCAGCGACGGCAGAGCCUACACGGCCAUCAGCGGGGUGCCCCAGCCCGCCGCCCGCGCCCUGCUGCCCCUGCUGCCCGUCGGGGGGCUCUUCGCCUGGCUCUUCGCCCUGGAGGAGCCCGGAGCUGAGAAUGGAUUCAGCAUCGCGGACGAUGCUGAGAACCCCGGGGUGAACCCGUGCCACGAUGGCAGCCACACGUGUGAGGCACCGGCGCGCUGCCAGCCCGGCGUGGGCACCGAGUACACGUGCGAGUGCACGGCCGGCUACCGCCCGGAUGGACAGGGCUGCCGAGGUCAGCGGGGCUGGGGAUGGGCACUGGAGGGAUCUGCAGCACCCGUGGGCGACGGCCACAUCCCCCAGUGCGACGAGCAGGGUCGCUACCGGCCCCUGCAGUGCCACGGCAGCUCCGGACACUGCUGGUGCGUGGAUGCRGCSGGGCAGGAGAUCGCCGGCACCCGGACRGCACCGGGAACAACCCCUCCRCGCUGCGGGAGCCCAGAGCCCACGGAGAGGCCCCCCAGCAUGUGCGAGCGCUGGCGGCAGAGCCUUCUGGAGCACUACGGGGGCAGCCCCCGCGGGGAUCAGUACGUGCCUCAGUGCGACAGCGGCGGGGACUUCACCCCGCUGCAGUGCCAYGGGGACAGCGGCUACUGCUGGUGCGUGGAGCAGAGCGGCAGGGAGAUCCCGGGGACGCGCUCGGAGCCCGGCACCACCCCKCCGUGUCUGCCCAGUGUGGCCCCGCCCAGUGUCCGGCCCCAGCCCCGGCCCGAUGUGUCCCCUCCGGCCACGGGGACAUUCCUGCUGUACGCGCAGGGCCAGCAGAUCGGUUACCUUCCGCUGAACGGCACCCGGCUGCAGAAGGAGGCGGCCAAGACCCUGCUGUCCCUGCAUGGCUCCAUYGUGGUGGGCAUCGACUACGACUGCCGUGAGAAGAUGAUCUACUGGACCGACGUGGCCGGCCGGACCAUCAGCCGGGCAGGGCUGGAGCCGGGCUCCGAGCCAGAGACCAUCAUCAGCUCAGGUGUGCUCCUGGAUGGGGUGAUAGCUGUGAACAAAGAAACAGGCUCCUUCACUGAUGAGUAUCUUCCAGAGCAGCGAUCCCACCUCUAUGGAAUAACAGCAGUUUAUCCCUACUGCCCUGGAGCAAGGAAAUAGYAACUCCAAUUUCAAGGAAACAACGACCAUCUUUGAACCCAGGAGAAUUUCAGACCCAGAAAACUGUCACUGCAUACAAGGGGGAAAAAGUCCUUCACCAAGGCCAGCGAGGUGCCCUGCUUUCCUGCAAAAAGUAUUUUUUAUAGUUUAUACCUCAAGACUUUACUACUGUAUUUUUGUACCAAGUGGAAAACAUUGAGAUAUCACCAAAAAAUGGCCCUGGGGAGCUCAGGCCAUGACUCGAACUCUUGCUCAUGCAAGAUUUAAAAUGUAGCUUUUUUUUUUUUUACUCCAGCAUUUUAUUUUAUUGGAAGAACAGUUUCAUUUUUCAGAGUUUUGACAAUCUGACCGAGAGGUCCUUUUAUCCAAAAAAAAAUUUAAGUGCCUACGGGAAGCUUUGGAUGCAGUAAAUUGCUGGGUCUAAAUAACAAACAGCCCUGAAGACAGAGACUGUGCGUGCUCCGAAAUCCUGCAAAAACAGGGGAUGGGAUGUGGCAAAGGCAUUGAAGAUUUUCCAGAGGAUGAUUCUGUGUUUUCACCACUGCCUCCAUGCAUGUCUUUUAGUAUUUAUAUUAGAAGAAUAUGCUAGAAUUGAGCUGGUCGUGCUUGUUGGGUCUUCCAAGUGCCUUCCUAGACCUACCCAGUGUAGACCAAUACAUGUUCAGAAAUACCARUUACGUUGUAAUGCUUCACUUUUUCUAGGUUACUUCAAUAAUUGAAUAAAAAACGGUUGGUUUAAGUUUCU